AGUAAUUAAUGUAAAUAUAUUUUUAAUGAAGAUAAUGAAGUGAAACGGACUUGUCGGCUAAACAAACUUGCUCAGCAUAGUUACAAAAAAUUACAGGCCUAUAGCAUGGUCAAGCAAACCUCUCAGCCGGCUUAAAAUGGAUUGGAAAUUUUUUUGGAAGCCACUGUACACAGAGAUUCAUCUCCGUGCCAGCUUUUGCCAAUGUCAGUGUGGCAUGGUCAGACAGAGCAGUAAAUCACAUGACCAGUCAUGUGAUCAGAGUUCCCUCAAUUUCACUGAGCAAAUUCCAUUUAUCAGCUUCCAGGGAGAAGGAAAACGAAGCUGACGAACCCAAGUGGAUUUCUGAAAAGUUUGGAAAAGAAUGUGUGAUAAUUCCAAUAGCCAUCGAUAAGAUAUAUCUUCUUCAAAGGAAAUUAACAGAUCUGAGUUGGCAGAAUGAUGUUGGGUACUUUAUAAAAUCGGCUGGGGAGAGGAGCAAGUUUGAUGUUUAUCUGUAUGGGAAAACCAAGGAAGAGGCAGAAAAGGUUGGAAGGUUGCUAAAAGAAUGGUUUGAAGAAAGAACAGGGGGUUCCAAACCAAAACCUCUGCACACUUUUGAAGGGUUUGUGCCAGCCCAACCUGAAGAAGGUGACAUCCCUGCAAGCCAUGUACUAUUCAAAGUGCUUAAAGAUAAAGAAAGUGAAUUAAGGAAAAUUGAGGAGCACUUUGAAUGUAAGAUACAUUAUAAGAGAUUUGUUUACAGAAAAGGUUUCACUGUACAUUCUAAUGAUGCUACAAAACGAGAUGAGGCAGAAGUGGCCCUCAAGAAAGUUGUGGAUGGAGCUUUGGAAGAACUGAGAUCAGCUGAUGUUUUAAUUUUUGAUUGCCCAGAUGAAUUUUCAAUGGCGGAUGUUCUCUCAAAAUGCGAAAAAGAAUUCGAGGAAAAUGUUUAUUUUGGAACCUCAAGGAAAGAAGGAAAGAUUUAUGUAACAGUAUAUGCAGACAACAAAGAAACUGCAGCAAAAUUUCAGGCAUAUGUUUUGGAUACAUUUCAAAAUAAAACAGAAGAAGCCAAAAAUCAGUUCAAGAAAAUUGUUAAUGUUGACAAAUACACAAGAAGCUUUAAAGAUCAUAUAAACCAAAACUUCAAAAGACAGUUAGAGAGGGAUUACCAUUCUAAUGUCAAGAUCCAUUUUCAUGAGAGUGAAAAUGAUAGAAAGAAAUUACAAUGUAUUGUCACUGGGGACAAAGCAGAGGAGGUCCAAAAGGUUGCAGAUCAAAUCACAAUGAUGAAGCAUAGCUUUAGACCACUACCAAAAGUGUUAAAAGAACCAUUGAAUGCUGACUCAUCAAAUAUUAACUAAUGUCCUGCUGUGUGUUUACCCUAAUUGCCAAUUUCAAUCUAAUGUAAAUUAGAAGAAAAAAAAACUCUGCAGUCUACAGUGAAUGUUGUAAAUUGAAUUAAAUCAAUUGCUCUGAGUUGUAUAUUAGACCAAGAUAAAGUGAUUUGAUUUGAA